AUUGAAAUGGUUCUGCAGAGAGCUUCUGAAAGUACAAUUUCAACAAGUAGUUUCAAGAAAUAUCGACCAAAUGCAUCGAAUUCAGUCUUUUUAAAAGAUUUUCCAGGAGUAAAAAGUUUCAUAAGUGAGACUUACGGCAAUUCUGGUCAUGAGCCAAUCAAAGAGCAACUUCAAUCCAACGGUAUUUCAGAAACUAUACACCAGAUUGAAAACCAAGAUCGUGUCCAGAGCGUUAAGGAGAGACUUAGCAAGCAUUUUGACCCACAAGAUCCUGAUUUUGAUAUUUACUCUACAUAUUUUACUGAUGCUUCGAACGUAUUAUAUGAAGAGGAAGUAGUAAAUGAUGCUGCUCCAAAAGCAUACCUUGUUGAGCCCUACGCUAGAAGAGGCACAGCCAAAUCACGCUUUGAUAUCCCUCCUUGCGGAGGAGGCGUUCAAGGUAAGAUUAAGUACCUUGCUGAGCCUGGCUCAAAAGCUCAUGUGCAAUGGAUCAUUCAAGAUCCUGCUCCUGGAGGGCAUUGAGAAAUAAGACUUUCAAACGGUCAUCCAGAUGAUAAGUCCUCCUACAAUUUCUUGAAAGUUGAAGGGAACGGCUUCAACUCCCGCACAGGUGCUUUCAAUUGUGGAGAUCCGAAAAAGAGCAUCGAAGAGGCAACAGUUGUGUUCCCCUCUAACGUAUCGUGUGAACAAUGCACCCUCCAAUGGGUUUAUGUCGCUCCUGGAUAUGGAUCAAUGUACCAAUGAUCAGACAUCUCUAUUCUUUCAGGACAAGAAAAGAAAGACGAGUGUGCAGUAGAUUGCAGAAAUGGCGGAGUCUGCCAAGAAGGUCUCUGCUAUUGAGCAGCAGGCUACUUCGGAGAAUCCUGUGAAAAUCAGGGUGAUCCAAACCAAUUCUACGAGCCAGUGGCUCCUACACUUUUUGCACAAGAGGAACCUGAAGAGGAAGUAGAAGCCCCUAAAUCAAAGGAUAGCGGAGGUUGGGGGUUCUUCUCAUGGUACUUACUUCUCCUAUUCCUGGGACUUCUACUUGCCGGGAUAAUCGCUGCUCUAGUCUACUUCCUCUGUAAAGACAAACUCAAAGACAUCACCGGAAACAAAGAAGACAAGGAUGCUAAGAAAGGUCAGAAAAAAGAUGACGAAGAGACCCAAGACAGAAUGAUCGAGGAAGAAAAGGCCAAAGAAGAGAAGAAAAAGAAAGAGCAAGAGGAUAAGAAGAAAGCUGAGAAAGAUAAGAAGAAGAAAGAUGAGGAGGAGAAGAAGAAGAAAGAUGAAGAAAAGAAGAAGAAAGAGGAAGUAAAGAAGAAAAAGGAGGAGGAAAAGAAGGAAAAAGAUAAGAAAAAGAAGGAAGAUAGCAAAUCAAAGGAUAAAAAUAAAUCUAAGAAUAAAAACAAAUCGAAAGAUAAGAAUAAGUCCAAGGAUAAGAAUAAAUCAAAAGAUAAGAACAAGUCCAAGGAAAAGAGCAAGUCAAAAGACAAGAAUAAGUCCAAAGAUAAGAACAAAUCAAAAGAGAAAGAAAAGAAGGCCAAAAAGGAUAAGGACAAGAAUAAGAAAACAAAAUCAAAGAGCAAAUCAAAAGAUAAGCCUAAAAGCAAGUCCAAAUCCAAGUCAAAAUCCAAAGACAAAGAUAAGGCUAAAGCUGAUGCUGAAUAAGUUAUCAGUGCUAAGGAAUCGAGAAGGAAUAGUAUCUAAUAAAUUCAUAAGAGACAUUACCCUCACCACGGCUAA